AUGGCGAAUCGAGCCAAGCCCCGCCACCGCCACAGCCAAGUCACGGAGCCGAGACUGCGCCGAGCUGACCCUACAGGAGGAUGUCGAGGAGACCGGCGCAGAUCUGGGCCGCCAGAUCCAUCGCUGUUGACAGGUUUGCGCAAGUCGCACAUCGACUCGCUCACCACCGGCUCGCUCUCCACCGGCUCGCUUUCCACCGGCUCCCUCACUCUGCCGGUGGGUCUACCCGAAUCCGCCGCCGGCAACGCAUCACAGGAGCUCGGGGAGACUGCCGACCGGUACUUGCCCGGGCACACGUCGGGCAUGUGCCCCACGUUCCCGGACCUCAAUCAGGACCUCAAUCAGGAGCGCUCACGAACAGUCUGUUCAUCCGUGCUCGUUGAUAUCACCGCACCGAGCGCGGUGCGUGCGGGAGAGGACUUUGCGCAGGGCUGUGUUUUCUAUCCUGAUAAGGGCCCUCCGGCCGGCGGAUUAACGUCUCAUCCCGACGCACUGUCCGCUUUCGACGGUAGCAGAGUCAAGUUCCGCCGGCAUUGA